CAAACAGUCAUACCCUCCAAAACUCAUGGAUCCCCAUUGGAACACUCCUCACUAUUAUAAUCACAUUCAUCAACAACUGCCCCCAUUGAUCAAUAACCCACCUGAUCAAACCCCUCUUCAUAAUCAGCAACACCAAAACCCACCUUACUCAUCCACACCAGAAGGCAGUAAUCUCCUACAACAGCAGCUCAGAACUUUCUGGAAUAACCAGAAUCUAGAAAGCAAACAAGCCAUUGAUUUCAAAAACCACAGCUUACCCUUAGCAAGGAUCAAAAAGAUCAUGAAAUCUGAUGAUAAUGUACACAUGAUAUCAUCAGAUGCACCAAUCUUAUUGGCUAGAGCUUGUGAAAUGUUUAUACAAGAUUUAACACUUAGAUCAUGGAAUUCUACUGAAGAAACAAAAAGAAAAACUCUUCAGAAAGCUGAUAUUUCUGCUGCACUUUCUACUACUGAUUUAUUUGAUUUUUUGGUUGAUAUUGUUCCAAGAGAAAAACCUGUUAUUUCCAAUGUAAUGCCAAUCUAUCCUUCUAGAUUCUCAUCAAUGGGGUUGCAGCAGCUUGAGGGUUAUAAUCCUCUAGGUGAAGGUACAGGGGUUAACAUGGGUUUGCAGCAAAUUCAGCAUGAUGAUCAAGUAGAUCAUGGAGGGGUGAAUGUUAGUAAGUAUUAUGUUCAAGGAGGGUGGCCCACUUUUAUGUCUAACCAGUCUGCUUGGCCUCCACCAGAUCUUUGACAUUCUAAAAGUGAAAAGCUAUAUAUGGAACAUAGAGAAAGUAUUCUGAAUUCCUUAGCUUAUAAUGUGAUUAUGUCUUAUUAGUUUCAAACAACUUUUACACGGACUCUUUAUUUUAAUACAUAUAUCUGUGUCCGAUCCUUGAUGCUCGGACAAUGGCAUGGCAUUUAGACACUUCAUUUUAGACGUAAAAUUAAAUAUUUAGAUGUAUUCGACAUUUGGACACGUUCCAGUAUCCAAUAUUAAUACCCAAGUCUAAGUAUCAUAGGUUCCAAACAAAAGAAAUUAAUUUUUCAUGAAUAUUAA